CCCUCUCUUAUCUCCUCCCAGCUGCCUCUGCAGCCCUUCCUGCCACUGCUCAAUCUUACUCGUGUCGACUGCCCAGAGUCCACGAACAUAUCCUUACAAAAGCUCUCCCGUACAAGGAUAGAGGAUAUAUCACUGUCUAGCAAAAGAGAGGAAGAGAUAAAGGGUCUCCUUGUUGAAACAUGUCCCUCUAUAGCUUUGGAUUGGAGCCUCUGUCCUGUCAUGCCUGGAGCAAAGACCGAACACAAAUUGCCAUUAGCCCCAACAGCAAUGAGGUGCACAUUUACCAAAAGAAAGAAAAGGAAUGGAUUAAGAUUCAUGAACUGACAGAGCACAGUGGGCGAAUCACAGGCAUUGAUUGGGCCCCAGAGUCCAACCGUAUAGUGACAUGUGCCUCAGAUAGGAAUGCCUAUGUGUGGACACUUAAGGAUGGGGUUUGGAAGCCGACACUGGUGCUGGUUCGCAUCAAUCGAGCUGCCACGUGUGUCAAGUGGUCACCUCUUGAGAACAAGUUUGCUCUUGGAAGUGGAGCCAAACUUAUUUCAGUGUGCUACUUUGAAAAAGAAAAUGACUGGUGGCUGAGUAAGCAUAUCAAGAAACCCAUUAACUCCACCGUUCUGAGUCUAGACUGGCAUCCCAACAACAUGCUGCUGGCAGCUGGCUCUGCUGAUCUCAACUGCAGAAUUUUUUCUGCAUAUAUCAAGGACAUUGAGGACAGGCCUGGACCAACACCAUGGGGAUCCAAAAUGCCCUUUGGGGAGUUGCUCCUGGAGUAUAAAGAGUGCGGUGGCUGGGUGCACAGUGUCUGUUUCUCUCCAUCUGGUGACGCUCUAGCCUGGGUUAGCCACAACAGCGCCAUCAGUGUAGCAGACGCCUCAAAGGGAAAAGAGGUCACACAGCUGACAACAGGACAUCUUCCAUUGCUAAGCCUACUAUAUGUCAGUGAGACUGAGAUUGUAGCUGCGGGCCAUGACUGUUGCCCUUAUCAGUUCUCAUACAAGGGUCCUGGAUGCUUGGAAUUUGUGAAGAAAGUGGAUAUUCCUAAGCAGAGCUCCAAAGGCAACAUGUCUGCCAUGCAGCAUUUCCGUAAUCUGGACAAAAAAGCGAUUACUGAGGAGGAAGACACUGACUUGGGCAGUCUGCAUCAGAACAGCAUCACCCAACUAUGUAUUCUGGAAGGGCUGAAGGCCAAGGUGGAGAAGUUCAGCAGUGUGGCUUUAGAUGGUGCCAUGGUUGUCUGGGAUUUCAAGCACUGAAACACUAUGGGAUCUGAAGAGAGCAGAAAACAACCAUCUUUUUUAUUUGUUUGUUUGUUUUUUUACUCAGAAACUUUUUUUGUAUUAAAAUAGUUACACUGGAAAUUAUUGAUAUUAUUAUGAUGUACUGUGGUGAGAUGGCUGAUCCUAAACUUGUGAUAUGCAAUAGUUUUUGUGCUUUAUUAAUUCAUCUAAACAAUGCAAAAAUAAAUGAUCAUUUAGCACCAAAAAGAGAAUUAACCCUAUAUGACUAUCAUAAAUGCACAUUCUAUUCCAAUUGUGCUGCUAAUGUAAGAAAGAACACAGAAUGUGCAUUUUUAUGUAUGUGGGUUUUUUUUGUUUUUUGUUUUUUUAAUACAAUAAUCACUAUUAAAAACGUUGGGUGA